AUGGCGGUCAGCCUCAUUGUGAGUUCUACAAACUCUACACUCGGCAUCUUUCAGUAAUUCAUAUUGCAUAUGAUGGUUAACCAAGCUUUAGCAGUGGGUCAUGCCUGGCAAAUCACACCCAGUUGUAUAUGCCAGUUUGCACUGGCUCUGGUAUAUUCACAGUAAUUUGUAUGAGUGCAAUGUAUUUUAUCUUUAUUAUGGAACUUGAUUUAUUUUGGUUUUCCAAAGAAUGUACUGUUUGCAGACUUCAUAAUAUUUAAAUGGGAUUAUCAUCAAACAUAGCUGAGGUAAGCAGAUACAAUGGAAAAGCUCUAGCGAUGGCAAAUAAAAUGUAUCAUAGCUGAUAACAUAAGCUGAUCCAGGCAGUGUGGGCUUUUUUUGUUUAAUGAUAUAAUGUCUCAAAGUGUAUUAUCUAUAUACAAAGUGCAUUAAAUGUGUUUACAAGCCAUACCCUGAUAUGUUAAUUGAUUGCAGUAGAUUAGUAUUGUCACUAAACUAUACACCAAACUCUAUCUUUUAAACAAAAGGAGUUUUACAAGACUUGUUCCAGAUUGGUUCAACAUGGCUACAUAAAGACAGACCAUACUUAUGCUUAGUGCUGAAUAUACCUCAGACACCUGUAGGGACAGAAUUUCCUGCAGAAAGUCAAUAUGGACAAACCUUAUCCUCUCUUAAUAAAACAAGGUAGUCUCAAAUGUGUGUCGCUUAUUUCUGCAUUAAUGAACCCAAUUAACGUUUUGCUUUUUGUUUUUUAAAUGAGAUGCAUAUAAAGGACAUGAAUUUAACUGUAGAUGGUAUCAUGGAAGCCACACUAUUAAAGGAACACUCCAAGGACCAUAACCACUACAGCGCACUGUAUUUGAUACGGUGCCAGAUGUGCUCUGGUGCCCCUCUCCAGUGUAAGGAGUCAAACAGUUUAUUGAGAUUUUGACUUCUUACUCUGGGAUCGCAAGGCCUGCCCCACAACUCUUCUCUGAUGGAAGGAACAUCGGAUGCUCCUGAUUGGGAAUCUGUUAGCUCUCCUGAGCUACUGCCUGCAGCGCACAGCUUAGCGCAAUUAAGUGAGCUUCUGGGAGAGAGGAGGUGUGGGGUGGCUCCUGGCUAACCCCAGAUAAAAAAAUCAAACCGUUCUUAAACUACUUAGUACGCUGUAGUGGUUUUGGUGCUUGGAGCAUUCCUUUAACAUGAGCUGUAGUUCCACGUACUCCUGGUAAGCAGGUGUUUGAGGUGUAUUUAGCAGUUCCAAAGAAAGUAAUAAAAGUACCAGGACUAGCGGAGACAUUUCAGCUGGUCAAUAGAAUUUGCAGCCGAAGUGUCCGCGUAGCUCACUUUUAUCCAUCUUCUAAUUCUAUCUUUGUGAUCAACCCCUAAUAUUUUAGAGUAUACUUGUCUCUUGUUCCUGAAGGCCUACCUGUCAUACUAUCAAGUUGCGUUGGGUGUAGAUGUGAGAAUGAAGGUACCUAUGGUGAUUUUUUUAAAACAGGAUCUGUUACUUGUGAGAUUUUUCUCGCUAAAUAUGUUAUUUAUUUUUUUACUAUUUAUAUCAUUAUUAUUAAGUGUCUGCUCUGCUGGCAUGAGGCAUCUUGGGGCAACAAAGCUCCCCACAAUGCAGUAAUGCAGCGUAAGUCCAUUUUUUUAACUAAACACUACUGCUUUUUCACCACGGUAAACACUUAGAGAAGUGACAAUUCUUCUUUAACCCCUUAAGAACACAUGACGUGUGAAAUGUCAUGAUUCCCUUUUAUUCCAGAAGUUUGGUCCUUAAGGGGUUAAAUGUGAGAAAGAAAAGAAAAUGCUCAAUGAAUUCAAAGAGCAAAGCAUAAUUUGUUUAACUGUAGAUAAGAAAUAUUAACAUCGUAUAAUCAAUAAAAAAAAAAAAAAGGUUUGUGAUCCUAUUUUACAAUUGCCUUCUACCCUAAGGCUAGUUUAAUGUAAUGUAUUGCUGCUAUAGUUCUAUUAUUUUUUUUGUGAUGGUAUUCUUUUUAUUUGGGUGAUAGAGCUUUCAUGUUUGAAAUCUUCUCUAUCUAUAAGAGAACGAGUUAUGCUAGCAGCCUGAGCACUGUGGUGGUGUAAGCACACAAAUAAUUUCCUGUAACUAAACAAAGUCAGACGCUUUUUGUUUUUUGUCUUCUCUAAGAUUAGCUAUCUUUUGCAGGUAUAAUAAUCUGCUUUUUCCACACAUGUACAGUAUUCUGGCAGCCACAUCCUCCCCCUCAAUUGGAGGCGGGCAUUCUGUAUUGAGUGUGGUGUAGAGUUUCCUCCAAAAGACAGUGUCUCUAUCCCUCCCCUGUCUUAUUCACGUUUAGCAGCCAAACUGUGUAAUGAAAACACCCAUAGCACAGAAGUGGAUGUCUACAACUUGCCUCCUGGCUCCCAGAGCACAGAUCCCUGGAGGCGAAGCAGAACUUUUGACUUUUUUGGGUUUAACACUCACAAAUUAAUUGUGACCACCGAAGCCACCAGCCCUGACACCACAAUGGUGGCCAAGGAUUAUCCUUUUUACCUUACUGUCAAGAGGGCAAAUUUAACUCUGGAAGUAAAGAGCACUACAAAUCCGACAAAUGGAAUUGAGGUAAAAACCGAUGAUAACAGGUUUUAGUAAAAUAUAUAUUUUUUUAAAAUGAGUGAAUUGAAAAUUAAUGGGAGAAAACCUUCAUCAGCAUAGGGAAAUGAAAUGAAUGGUCUGUGACUUACUGUAGAAAAGCCAGUGUAUCUGUCUUAUGCAGAGCUGCUUACUUUUUUGUAACUUUUAGUGGAUUUUCUGUUCUGGUUUUCUGGGUUUCUGUGUCCUUGUGUUGCUAGAGAGAUUAUACAAUGUAAUCACAUUUAUUGUUAUAUUAUUAAGUAAUGCAAUUAAUUACUCUCUGUAGCAAUGAGAUUUUUGCAAGGGUUGCUGGUUUCAAUUUAGUAUAUUUAACUCCUUGGAUUAUUCUUGUGAAGUUGAGUGAUUUAGAAAGGAUAUUUUUUAUAUGGCUUUAUAAAACAAUUAGUGCUGGAAAAAGUGUCAACAGAACACAACACAUUAAAAUGUAAGUCUCUACUGUCCAUGCAAUCCUCAAAUUGUAAAACAAAAUAUUACUAUUUUAGGUCACCCCUUCACAGUACAUUGUAUUAUUAUUUUUAAUAUAAUUUCUCAAUACAGAUAUGCCAGGUGGUUAUUUUAUUGGCAAUUAGGAUUGUUUUCCAGUUUGUGAUCUAAGAUGAUAGGUAUUUGGUAUUAUUCAUUUUUCUUUUUAAUUAGUGUUGACAUAAAAUCAGGCAGGGAUUAGGUAUAGUUUAAUGGUGAAUUACAGGUGUGUGGAAUGUGCAGAAGCAAGUGGGUUAAAGCUGUUUCAGUGGCUGCAAAAGACAGCAAUGUGUCGUGUCUACAAACCUUUAGCUAGACCUGUCUGGACACAUAGCUCGACAGAUUUUACUUGCAGCAACAAUCGCUUCAAGCUCUUCUAACCUGUCUUUACAAAAGCACUGGCUGUGCACCUAGAACCCCCAAUAAAUUGUAAUACGUGGGCAAAUUCACUGAAAUAGCUUUUAGUCCCAUAUUUUGUCAGUGUUUCUGUAUGGAGUCCGUAUAUAAUGAGAGAGGGUACUGACAGUCAGCAUAUGUUUAGCAAACGAGAAUGACAGUCACACAUGCAGUUACAUGUCGGUAUGACUCUGACGAGCUUUAUUCUAUAUAUGUAUACACAUGUACACUGUAUAGAUCAGCUGACAGAUAUAUUGGUUGGUAUAUGUGUCUACUUAUGUAGGGCUCCUCAUUCAUAUUGUAGCACCUUGUAGGAAAAUAUUAAUCUUAAGCCGACUGUUUUCGUUUUAUUGUGGGUAAGUUUCCUCGCUGUGUCCCUUUAAUUUGAGAUUUGAACAAUUAUUAAUAAUAAUAACAACAAAGUAUUUAACCAGGAAAGGUACAUUCAGAUUACUUUUGUAACCAUUUUUGUGUUUGGCGACAUGUAGUCCGUAUGGUGGCGUCCUGCUGUCCUGAGUUUCCAUACUACAAGGCGUGAGCAGUUCCCACAACUUAUUUUGUAAGCACUAAUUAUCUAGAUGACAUUACAAAGGGCAGUCCUAUCUUGCAAGUAAUUUAGCCAUUAGAUAGCAAGCUGUCUUUUAUCUGAGUGUGGGAGCUUUGGCUCAGGUGAAUGGAAAGGCAAUAGACAUCAAUAGUGGCAUAAAAUAUAGCUCCUCCUCUAAUGUGAGCAGCACAGAGGAUGUACUGAUCAGUCUGUGUGAUCAUACCAAGCCACAAGACCUGAAGGUCUUUGCUUUUCGUCGUUAUGCACCUUUCAUAGUACAGGAUAUUUUUAGGCUAGGGUUAGCAUGAAGGCAGGGUAGGGGUUUUGUGACGUUUUGUGAAAAUGUUAGUGUAGAGUAGGAAUAAAUGAUUAGUGAUAGUAUAGUGAUAAUGCUCUGUGUUAGGGUAAUGCAGGUGUUAGUAGGUAGUGUAGAGGUUAAGUGGAGGACUUUCUUGUAAGAGCUAAAAAUAGAGCAUGCAAGGCCCAGUGCUGCCUCAGAUUAGGUGGAGUUAUUCUUAUGGGUGACCGUUAUUGACAGCUGCCAUCUUUACAUUUGUCACUCAGGAGUGUAACUCCCACUAAUCUCGGGUAGAUCAGGACAGCAUAUAGGUGAUCAAUGGAUCUGUAUUUUAUUUUUUGUUUAUUAUCGGGCAUAAUUUCAUGGAUGCUGUCUCCAUCUGUGCAGCAACAGCAUUUUAAAACAUAAUAUGGUCAAAGCAGACCAUGUAAUAAAUAUAUUAAUAUAUAUAUAUAUAUAUAUAUAUAUAUAAUUAAUAUAGAUAAUGAUGUAUCAUUUUUGUAACUUAAUGAUGAGUUUGGAUCUGGAUUACGAGUGAUUUUGCAUUUUUAGACAAUGUUUUAUUUUAAACUAUGGCCUAUUUCCAAGACCCACACUCCCACCUUCCCCCUCCCAAUUCCCAUGCAGGUUUCCUAAACAAUAGGUUGUCAGACGUGCAGUGUUUUUUUUUUUUUUUUCUUGCUAAGGGGAGAGAUGUUUCUGAUAUAUAAUCACUUUUGGAAAAAGACUGACCUUUGUUUUUAUUCAAGCACUUGUAGCCAUGUAGCAGCUGCCAAAAUAUCCCAGGGUUCAACAGGUUUUGUCAGCCUUUCAAGAGGCAUUUUCAGCCAAGAAGGCAGAAUUCCAACACUUUGAAAAUAACUUUCCGUUCAAAAAAAAAAAACCCCACCUUGCAGACAGAGAAUAAGACGCAAAUCAAGCAGACCCUCUCAUGCCAACUUGGCAAGCCUCUACAUUGUGUACCUCACUGAUAUCAUUGAUUAAUAAUACAUUAUUAACAUAGCUUCUUUCAUCUUUCUUCACGAGCUAAGCCACUCUCCCAGCAAACAGGCAAUUCUUAUGGCUAAUGGAAUAACUAGCAUCUACUGCAAAAAAAGGCAGAAAAAUCUAAUAAACGUUUCAAAAAGUGGACGGGAGCAGAAAUGUUCUUCUAAGGGUCUGAGACAAAAAUAACUAUUACAGGCAUAAUACAGUACUCUCAAAGGAAUGAUCUGCAACGAUAAACUGGCAUAAUUAUCAUUACAAAAUGAAUUGUAGCUCCAUCGUCAGUCUUUUGGAUUUGUUCUUUUCAUCUGACAUAUAUAAAUAGUUUAAUUAUAAAAUAAGAACAGGGAGUAGGCAUAUUAUUUAGGCAGUAGACUCUGCAUACAUCUGCAAAGUAAGGAAAUCUAGUUCCAGCAUUUUGCUCAGCAAGCGGGUAACGAAUGGAUGACAGAGGUUAUAGAAGUUAAUAUCAAGAGUAAAUGGAAAUUCUUAAAAUAGAAUACAUAUAUUGUUCAAGUCCUAAUGACUAGCUAGUAGCCGCAUUCAUCACAAUUCAAAAAGGAGAAAUGACUCGAACAUUCGUUACACAGCGCAGAAGGAUAUUUCAUUCAUCACAUUUCAUGGAACUUAGAGAGGUCAGGCCGCACUCGCUCUUAGCAUUCAAUCAUUUUUGUAUUAAUAGUGUAUUUAUUGGAAGAAAACACAAGGCACAUUUUCAAGCUCAUAGAUGAGUCAAAGAAUAACAAAGGAUUUUCAUGCUUGCCACUAAAUCUGAGUCUGGACCUUUUACCAAAGCAAUUUCAUUCCUACAGUCAAACACACAAUCUUUCCCAGUGUCCUUGAUUUCUUUAUGUGAAAGAUUUUAUAGUUAUUAUUAGUAGAUUGAUUUUAGGUAACAUGCACAUUUCCAUAGCAGGCCUAAUAACGAAUAUUUUUUUUUUCCUUUGCAUGUUUGCAUCGAAGUACCAAAACUUUAAUAAUAUUACAUUUUGUUCCCAACUUCCUGCAACCCAUGCUUAAUAAACCUAGAUUCCUAGUUGUUUCUUGAGACAUUUCUUUAGCCAUUCUUUCGGCCAUCUGUGUCUGUCCUGACAGGUUACACUGUGUGGUAUUUUGGUAAAGGCAAUUGGUUCAAGAGAACUCUUCUGAAGAUCUGUCUACUGAUGGACCAUUCCAGUCUAUUAUCUUGAGAACAGAGGGAUCUGUCAGUUUGACUGAACAUCUCAUUGAUCCCCACUCAGAACUUCAAGCCUGCACUGCUGGGGGUCUUAAGGGUUGAUUCAAAGCUUCAUUUAAAACAUUAAAGACAAAUUAUAACAACAACAAAAUAAUUUAGACUAUUAGUCUUUUUAUUUUGUCAUUCAUGUUUUUGUGUGGACAGUUGCAAUUGACCUCAUUCUCAAAAGUUGCAUUGGGACAUCAUCUCAUUUUUUUAAAAGACUUAAUCGGAUGCUGAUUUGUAGAAUAGCAAUUGCUUGCUUAGAAGUCAUAGUCUGCAAAAUCUAUGAAAAUAAUAAAUUAAUAUUGAAAAUGAAUAUCAGAUUUAUCUCUAACGUGCAGUGUUCAUGCUACAAUUAAAGUACUCAGUUGUAGUCUGCUGAAAAAGCAGGACAUCUGCUUUUAAUGAUCUUAACUUGCCCUUUUGGAAGCCACUGUAGCUUCUCACUCACUGAUUAAAUAACUGUUUUUGGGAAGGAGAGGAGUUUAAACUUUUCCCCCCAGUGUGAUUAGGAAAAUUAUUACAAAUUAUAAUACCUAAUUCAAUUUCUAAGCACAUUUUAUAGUCCUGCAGAGGAGUGUUGGUAUUCUUAAGAAUGGGAAUAAGUCAGCUUUAUCAACAGCUAAAAGCACUUCAAACAGCUUUCAGCUGCUAAUUAUCUUCUGGUCAUGGCUGAUCAGAGCAGUUUGGAAAGCAGUAAAAUACAGAAAACCCGAUAAUCUGUGAACCCAUCUAACCUCCCUUUAAACAACAAUAACACCACAAAGCAAACUGUAAUUAGAUGUACGUUAAUUGGUUCCAAACCAACCAUUAUUUCCCAGUGGAAAUUCUGUGUAUGGUACCUUGUUUUACCAGACAAAUUUGCAGGGUAAUUGUACAUUAAAAUAAGGCUAAUUCCAUCUAUACACCCUAUGUGAUUCAACAAAUAUGUGUGUUUUAUCCUUAACGCAAUCUUUUUUACAUCUUUGACUGUUUAAAUUAUACCCAAAAUUAGAAUAAUGUACAAUGAACUAAUAUUGAUUUAUAGAAUUUUUCACAAAACAUGUAAAUCUUUAUCUGCUUAUUUAUUGAAGGCUUUAUUGACAGUGUUGUUGUGUUUUGGAUAAUUUAUAAUAAUUUGUUUUUCCUUCUCAUUUCUGUGUGUGUAAGCAGAAAAUGAAUACUUGUAUUUAGGACAGUUACCAGUACAUUUUUGGAAAUGCAAUAAUUCCUUGACCCAGACCGCUACCUUACACCGUGGAAGGCUGUGAGAUCAGAUGGUGGCUCCAUUCUAUUUGUUUCUCUAUUUACUUAUAUAGUAAUUGUGAACUCUCUCAGUUUAGGAUAAAUACACAAUGACGACAUGAUAAUUCCCUGGUGAAUUUGGCAAAUAUAUGGUGAUUUUAUUGUAAUCUACUCAAAAUAUGCUAAAUUUAUAAAAUGAGCCAAGACAAAUGAUUAAAUAGCCUGUUGUAUACAUAAUGUUACAAUCUUAUCUGGGGGGGGGGGGAAAGUGUAUGAAAGGACAUAUCUAUGAAUUAUUAACAGUGUCUUUCUGCCAAAAAUGGAAAGAUAAUGUUUUCCUGUAGAGAGGCUGGCUGCAGUGAGCUUGGGGGGUAAAGUUUCCUGGUUCUUCCCUGAGGAGCGGCUGGCUGCUUGAGCUUGAGAGAUAAUGUAUCCCGCCUCUUCCUUGUAGGGAGGCUGGCUGCAGACAUUUUAGGAGAUAAUACUUCCUGCUUAUAGAGGGGCUGGCUGUUUUAACCAUCAUCAUCUUUUAGGCCUCACGCCAACUGAAUAUGAGUGUCAGUGUUGGUCUUGCUACAUGUUUCAUAGAUUUAAAUGUCAUAUAAAUGCUUUGGUUGUUGUGUAAAACAAAUUACUUUGGAGUUUUCAGUAUGUAUUGUGUGGAGAACACUGCUAAGUAGUUAUCCUGAAGUGCUAAAACUGCACUUAGUGAAAAUUGGUAAUGGCUGGGCAGAGUAUAGCCGUGGGUUCUUAUUCAUUUUGUAAGUGCAACGUUCAACAUCAUGGGCUUCUCUUCCUGGUUGUAUCAAUAUCACAAUGCCAAUUGGUUUUCUCAUCCAGUUGAUAAGGCUGGGGCCUAGUCUACAAAACAAUAUUCUAUGUGGUUGUAAAGCUACCUUCAGGGUUCUCAGACGGACAGGAAUGUUCUUACUGCAUUGAUGGUACCGAAUAACUUUGAAACAUAUGCUGCUUAACAUUUAAUAUUCUUGAAUCAUUAUUUAACAUUUCCUUUUACAGGACAUAUUCUUGUUCUAGCUAUUCUCAAUAAUUAUUUCUUUGUCAAGUAGCACCUUCUCCCUGGCAUGUUCCUCUUCCAGUUUGUCUGGGUAACUAUUUAACAUUUCUUAAAUGUCUUGCAUAGCUCCCUAGUCUAUUGUUUGUCUGGGUAUUUAGCAAGUGAAAUUCCAUUGUUACAAUCAUUUGUCAAAGCACAGUGUGCUUAGUUUCUGUAUGUGUUCGUUUGGUUGUUUCUUAAGCUGUGGGUUGUUGUGUUGUAACCUUCAGUGUUUCAUUUGUAUGGCAAUUCAUACAGUGCAAACAUUUUGGUGAAAGGAUAUCACCUUAUAUUGCCAAGAAACAACAGGGGUGAAGGAAAGGUUUCUGGGAUGCCUUCACAUUCGCUUUAGGGAAUUCAUGAUCACAAGGUUUCCAUUUAACCAACCUACCUAUUGAGAGGGAUCUAAUUGCCUGGUGAUGUAGUAUAUUUUUCUCUCAGCGCUUCCUGUUACGCAUGAACCUUCAAUUAAAGUGUUACUAUAACCCUUAUGAGAGAUGGGGCAUUUGAGUUGUAAUAGACCCUACUAGGCAUUGUGGAGAGGGUCACCACAUUCAGUGCACUAUUAACACUGUAAUAAAAGGUUUUACUUACCUGAAAUCCAGUGCCGGGCAGUGCCCCCUAUUAAUGUGCAUGAGCGUGCUCUGGGCUGGUAUGGGGAGGCACUCCUAGGGGUGCACCCAGCACCUAAUUAAUAAUAUCUUGGUAUAUGUGGUGUUUCAAGCUGAAACACUGUACAUACUAUUUUUUACCACCAUGACCACUUCAAAUGACUGAAAUGGUCAUGGUGGUUGGAGUAACCCUUUAAAUCACUGCCUCACCCAGUACAUGUUGUCAGUGCAGCCUGUUCCAACACCAGCAGGUCUUGGGACCUAGAAUUACAGAGACCGUCAUUUAGGCUAAAGUAAAGUGAACCAUCACUUGGGUCCUUGUGUUAUAAAACCCUGAUGUUUUAAUUCAGUAAAAAGUAAUAAGUAACAGUGAAAUAGCAGUAAGGGGUUGUUUUUACAAAAAAGUAUAUAUUACAGAUUGUGUUUGCUAAGCAAAGAAAAUUAAAUGACAUCAGUAUUCUAAACAUUGUUUUUUCUGUGUACAUGAAUUCCCCUCCACUAGGGCCUAAGUCAGAUUCCCAUAGUUUGUUCUGAGCUGUUUUUAUCAGUCGGCCAGCAAGCGGUCUGGGAACCUUGGCUGAAUCACAUACAUAUUUUCAUUGCCAAAAAGUCACCAUUCUCCUUUAUCUCAUUAAAAGAAUAGGGACGAGACCGAUUUUCAUGCAGUAGGAGUGUGUAUGUGUAUAUAUAUCUAUAUAUAAUAGCAGACACAUACUCCAAGGAAUCCAUGUAUAAAGUGGAAUUAUGAGGCAAAAAUGUGGUUCUUUGUUGAGCUCAUUUGCAUACGCCUACCCAGAAUUCCUUGCAGUAAUGAGAGCACUGUUAAAGUGAAAUUUUGGUGGGAAAAGCACGUCUUAUGGCUUGUCGGGUGUGUGUUUAGCAAUAUAUUACUUCAGGUGGAAGGGGUUUUCAUCCACACUUUUUCCCCCACCUCAACUCUGUUGGUAUGUACUUCACAAGUAACACCAAGCCUCCAUAGCAAGCCAGUAACUAACUUCAUGCUGAUGACUUGCAUUAACAAUGAAACGGUUGUCCAUGAGUGGUUCACUGGCUUUGCUCCACUUCCUGAGCUGUGUUUCAAAGCUGUUGUAUACAGCAGACACAUACUCCAAGGAAUUCAUGCAUAAAGUGGAAUUAUGAGGAAAAAAUGUGAUUCUUUGUUAAGCUUAUUUGCAUACACCUACCCAGAAUCCCUUGCAGUAGUGAGAGCACUGUUAAAGUGAGAUUUUGGUGGGAAAAGCAAGUCUUAUAGCUUGACUGGUGUGUGUAUUUGUGUUUAGCAAUGUAUUAACUAUCCUUUUUCAGGUGGAAGGGGUUUUCAUCCACACUUUUUUCCCCACCACAACUCUGCUGGUGUAGAUAUAUAUAUAUAUAGAUAUAUAGUUAGUUUCCUUGCAGCUGAUGCACAUAUUUUAGAUCUAAUAUUGUCAUAAUAUAUUAAUGCACUUGUUAAAUUAUAAAAUCACAACAGUGUAUCAUAGGAUGGGUCAGCUGCCUGGUGGUAAUAGGGUAAUCUGGUGUCUUCAGUGAAAUUAAGUUUUUAUAGUGCCAAGAGAUGUCUGGCGCUGACUUACCUUAAGGGGUUAAACCGUUCUCGAAAGUCUGUGUUUCAUCACCGAAAGUCCCUGCCUCUCUGCCCUUCUGUUUUCUAAAACUCUCUAAAAUUGUAAGGCUUUUGCAGAAUCCAUCAGUGGGAUUGAUGAUUGGCUUAGAGUGGUUGGCUGACACUCUCUGACACUCUCAGCCAAUCAGUGCAUCCCUAUUCAUAAAAUGGGCUUGAAAAAAGGUAAGGUUUUUUUAAACCCAGUUUCUGUUUUUUUUGAAUGAGGAUUUACUGACUAGCUGAGAGCAGUCAGCUGACACUCUCAGCCAAUCAGUGGCGCCACGGCAUGAUUCUGUAAGAGAAUUUUAGAAAACGAAAGGGCAGAGGGGCAGGGACAUUUGUUGCUGUAACACAGAGCUUGGGGUUAAACCGUUCAAGCCAGCGCCAGGGACCUCCUGGCACCAUAACAGCUUGAUUUAGAUGAAGUUGUUAUGGCUGCAGUUGCUGCUUUUUAACAAAUGCCUAGUUCUCCUGCACAAUCUCUUAUUAUAGCACCCAGAACCCUGGAACAUAGAUGCUCUUAAAGGGACCCAUUGUGGUGUAGUUUGUGGUUGAAGUAAAUCUGAAAAUAGUACAACAUGAAUGAUUGUUUUUUUGUUUAAGCUAUUGGACAUUCUAAGUUCUAAGAUGGGAGCUAAACCAUCUAGACAAGCAGGAACUAUGGUCGAUUUGCUUCCAGAUUUACCUUGAACACAACCUAUUUACAGUUUUAAUUACCAUAAAAAUACUUUAAAAUUGAAACCUAGCUGAUCCACUUUAAAGCAUAAGCCAGGUCCGAGCCAUCCUACCCCAGUUUAUACUCAAAGUCUUCUGGGGCCAGAAACUAUCUUCUUUUGUGCCCCGACAGGUUUUUCAGCUAUGUUUAUUUUUAUACUAGCCAUUGAAGAUCUGAUAUUAAGACUAGUAAGUUUCAUCUCCUUCUCCCAGACACAACAGUCACCAAAGCUGCUUAAAACUUUUUCAUUCUUUGAUUAUUUCAGACAGGUUGGGAUUAAUGCCUUCAUGGGAGAUUUCAUUUUUAUAGCUCAGAAAAUGAAAGCCAUUGGAAAUCCAUGUUAUUUUUUGAUUAACAUUUUUGGGCAGGUGUGGCUGGUAAUUGUGUGAUUCUCAACACUAUGCUGUUCUGUGAAUUUGAAACAUUGCCUCUGGCCUCAUUCUUGAACAGAUUUCCGCCCAACAAGGUGUUUGACAUUUAUUGCUGAACUUGCGUGCCACCUCCUUUGUGGUCUUUGUAGGAAGGACAAUUAUCAAAUGUCACACAAUCCUAGUUCAGCCAUUGUCUGUAAAAGACCAAAGCGGAUAAGGAUUUUUUUUGUAUUUUACCAAAGUCUACCAUAUUGUAUGUUAGAUAGACCUACAUUGUAAUGAUAAAGUUUAAAGCAUACAACUAUUAUGCAAGUUGUCUAUCUCUACCUUUUGCUGAGCAUCAAAUUGCAGCCACAGUUCCUCUUCAAUAAAGCAGUUUGUCUGUGUGUGUUCUAUAUAUUGCCAUUUAUUGUUUUCCUUUACAACUAAAUUAACUUUGCACUUUUUGGGAUUUUUCUUGCCUUUGAUUCUUAAACAGACUAUUUGGCCUCUUUAUUCAUCCUAUGUGGUUUUUCUGUGUGUGUGUGUGUGUGUGUGUGUCCAUAUCUAGGUCAUAUCUGCAAAAAACAGGCUGUUGAUACAAUGCUGGUUCUAACUGGUCUAGUUUUCCCCACCAAUAGACUUGUAUUCUAUAAUUGAAUUAAAAUAUGUUGAGUGGGUAUGGUUAUUUUGCACACACCCUGCAGCUAUUACAAAGUUCAAUACACACACAACCCCACAGUUACAGUAUCGUUUGUGUUUGAAACAGCAGAUAUAUAGAAAACACGUUGGCAUGGCAGGUACCCAAUCAUAUGGGUAUUUGGGUUAUAGAUUUAUCUGAUUUAAUUGGUCCGUUUCCAAUUUCAGCACUUUCAGGCCCAACGAACCCACAAACAGUUUGUGGCUUGGAUAGCUUAAAGAGUGACUUAGAGGGCCUUAAGCAGAAAGCCAACCCAUUGUAAUGCACCUGGACCAAGCCAUACAAUUCAGGUCACUGCCUCGCUCCUUCUUAGGAUAAUAGAAGUGCAUUGGAGAGUUCUCCCUUUUUUUUUUCUUCUUUAGAAAACCAAAUGAAACUUGACUUUCAUUGGAGAGUUCUCCAGCAGAGUGUGUUAAUUAAAAGCAUGUGGGUGGGCUCGUAUAGGGAAACUGAAUAGAGAAUUAAUCAAUACAAUUAGAAAAUGAUUUAACUCAAUGUGACAGCCUGAUUGUAGCUAAUAAUGUCAGGGUAUUCCUUUUACACAAGCCCAUUAAGGACUCUGGGUCAAAUGCUCAUAGCCUCAGAGAAGUAUUUGAUUCACUGUUAGCUAUGACAUUACUCCAGUGUUUUCAAACAGUAUGCACAAAGAACUGCCCUCCUCCCCUCCCCCCCUUUCUUAAAGUGCACUAUAGACAGUGACUUCUGGUAUGUUUAUAGGAUAAACACAGUACUUAAAGGAGCUCUAUAGUGUCAGGAAUACAAACAAGUACUUCUGACACUAUAGUGCUGGAAUGCAGCUUUAGGUCGCUGGCCUCUCUCUCCUGAUAUUAAAGGUGAUUUUAUUCACAUUGUCUCCCACGCUGCGCCAGACCUACCACGGCCCACCUGGUUCCACUUCCGUGGCUGAGAUCAUCGAUUUUGAUGACAUCAGCCAAUCCAAUGUUUUCCCUUAAGAAAGCAUUGAGAGAUUAUUGCGCAUGCGUGGCAAAAUGCAGCGCUGUGCCUAUCAGCAUCUCCUCAGAGAUGCAUUGAAUCAAUGUACUUGUUUGGGGAACAUUCAGCAACUCUAUGCAGAGCGUGGAGACGCUGAACGCCAGUGCUGCACACUGUACAGCACUGACACAGGAAGCACCUCUAGUGGCCUUCUGAGUGAUUUACAGUGUUUACAGUGCUAAGGCUGGAGGGACAGGCUAUAGACACCAGAAACACUACAUUAAACUGUAGUGGUCCUGGUGACUAUAGUGUCCCUUUAAAAGUUUUUUUUGUUUUUUUUUUAACAAAAGCAUCAUAAUAACUACUACAGCGCACAGUGGUUAUGAUGCCAGGAGUACCAUAUAGCCUUUCCUCUGUAUGGAGCAAACCGUUAAAAAAAAAAAACAACAAAAAAACCCUUUUUUUAAUUUAUUUUUUUGCAUGUACUGGGUCUCCUUUCUUGCCUGGUUCCUGCAAAGCUGUAGAAGCCAGAUGCCAAUCCUGCCACUCAUCCAUUGGCUGACAGCGUAUGCUGAUUGCUCUCAACCAAUGAAUGACAUUCUGUGCAUAGAAAUAUGCACAGAAUUGACAUUAGCCAGCCAGUAACGCUGCUGUAGAUGGAGUCACUUCCAGCAGCAAAGGGGUUAAACUGUAUAUGUGCAAUGUUUCAUUAUGAAUCACUGCACAUACAGACUCCAGGCUCCAUGCAUGGUAAUUGGAGUAGCCCUUUAAGUAGCUUGUCUUUUUUGUUUUUGUGUUUUAUAUAAAAUUAAGUAGUGUUUCUUGCAGCUCACAACAGCUGUAGCACCAAUAGUUUGCAAUCACGGAGUGAAAAAGGAAAAACACAAUAUAUUAACGUUUGCAUUUUGGUGUGUAGGUAGUAGACUAUAAAAAGCUGUAUGUUUAAUGUACAAGAGUUAUUUACACUACUGUGUUUACCUUUAAGAGUUCACAAAUAUUGAAAUCUGCUUAGUAAAUAAACCCUAUGGGUCCUUAAUAUUUUAUUACUGAAGAACUCUUAGUAAACCUUUGUAUAUUCCCUAAGCUGUGUAUUAGCAAGAAUUGACUAUUUGGGGCCAAAACAACUGAUCUGGAAGAAUUCACCACCUUGGCUAUAGUUACUGUAAAGCUUUUUUGGGGCCAAAAAGUUCAAACUUUCUUGGUCAUUCUAUAGUUUAUAACUCUGCCUAUGUUCUCAUUCUUAACAAAACGCUGUAUAUUCAGUCAUCCAAACACGUUUCCUGUCCACAUAGAGAACUGUGUGUUUUGUGGCAGAUGUCUGUGUGCUAACGCCAUCGUUUGUACAGUAAAAUGGCCUUGUGUUUUGUCUGCAUUUAAAAAGCUCUUUAUACUGGGCUAUUUCCAUCCCCUCACAGUAAGGAACCCAUUGCAGAGUGUGUUUGCAAUGUGAUCUGGCAAUACAUUAGCAGAUCUUUUGUAAGUAAUCUUGCGUAUUUGCACAACUAAUUUACACCCUUGUAACUUUGACACUUUCAGGAAUUUGACAUUCUGUUUGCAAGUAGAAAACCAAAUUAACCUGCAGCUUGGCCAGGAUUACAGUGAGCCUUAGUGAGCCAGAGGGUGAAGUAUGUGCACAUGGCAAAGGAAUGAUUAAAGCAAACCAUUGCUAUAGUUUUUAUCUCAACUGCUUUUUUUUUUUUUAAAUAGUCUUUAUCACGCCCCCCACAACAUGUGAGCCCUCGAAGUUAGUUUUACUUACCUUUCAGCCCUCUUCUCACUGCUGGUAUGCAUUGGGAGGUUAGUGCGCAUGCAUGGCAAAACAUUGUGCUUUGGCAAUCAUAUGGUCCCGGUGAAACCUGAGAAAAUAAAUAAAAAGCACUAUAAACAACUACAAAAAAAUAGCAAAAACUAUAUGUAUAAGGCACAUCAAAAUACAUCUGUAUAUAGGAGAGUCAGGUUCUGUCUCUGCAGGAAGCAUUGAAAAACUGGAUUGCCAGGUCUCUACCAUGUAGAAGCAAAAAAAAAAUGCAUUGAUCCAACAAUAAGAAUAAGUACCUUUAUUCAAGUAAAGUAAACAUAUAGCCGGGAGACAGCAUAACAAUUAUCACUGACAUGUUUCGCACCUCACUGGCACUUCAUCAGGAUUUCUGAUGGACCAGUGAGACACAGAACGCGUCAGUGGUUUGUUUUUCUACUCCCCCCGUAUGUCCUGGCUGUAUGGUUACUUUAUUUGAAUAAAGGUAUUUAUUUAUACCUAUCGUUGCAUCAAGAUGUUUUUUCUUCUGCAUGGAAAAGACCAGGCAAUAUAGUUUGUCAGUGCUCUAUGAGACAAUUGCAGACAUUUACUUGGACACAGCAAACAUUUACUUGGAUAUUUCUGCGGAAGCACCUCUAGUGGCUUUCAAAGUGACUGCCACUAGAAGCAUGUAAACGUGGUCAUACCUGCAGAACAGCAAUGUUUUUAGUUGCCGGGUUAAAACCCGAGGGGCAUGGCACACAGACCUACUAGAUUGACAUGAAAUGGUCUGGGUGCCUAUAGAGUCCCUUUAACCCCUUAAGGACACAUGACGGAAAUAUUCCAUCAUGAUUCCCUUUUAUUCCAGAAGUUGUGUCCUUAAGGGGUUAAAAUAUCAGCAAAAUGUAUUGUGUACUUUUUGAGUUUUCUUACACACUAUUUUAUGGUAAAGCAGAAAAUGGUUAUUUCAAGGGACAUUCUGAAAAUAUAUAUUGUGUUGCAGAAUCCAUAGGAGCGCGACAAACUAGUAAUCCCAAUUUUGUUUUAACAUUGGUAUCAAAUUCCUACGAGCAUUGCUUGCUGUGUUCAAACAAAUCAAAGGUUUCCCCUUUAACAUUUAAACAUAGGAACUGAGAUUGUAACGGUGAUAAAAGCCAGUUAGCCAAUGUAAUCUGCUAUUCUCCAUCUGAAAAAACAACUUGCAAACAUUUAGAUAAAAAUAGCAGAGCUUGUUUCAGUCUCAGACAUGACUCCGAGUGAGUUACAAGUUUUGUUUUGUUUCCAACAUUAUUUUACAUUAUUUGUUUUUGUUUUUUUGUCUUAUCACCCCUAUGUAAGGAAACAUUUAGAUUUUGUAACUCGAUACUGACUUGAAUGGACAAUCCCAGAAUCUCAUCCAAACAUUUACAUGCGUUGCCAUAGCAAUUUGUGGUAUUUAAAUAUAAUAUGUUACUUUGUAUCGAGAGUGUGAGAACUCUUCAUUCUAGCCCUUUCUUUUAAAAGUAAUGUUGGGACAUAAAACUGGCUUUGUGGUCCUGGAGAAAUUAAGUCACAAGGGAACCAACAAAUGGUUUUUAAUAUACUAGUGAAGUUAAUUUUCAGAUCCAAUUUUGCUUUUAAUAAUCAUGCAUACAGCAACACCAGAAGAUAGUGUUUACAGGAUGCUAGGUUUCACACCGAAAUGCCCGCUAAUUUAAACAUGGCUUUUCUUCUUUAUGAUAUGCAACUGCUGCAUAGCAUUUUAUCUUUAUAAAGAGGAGCAUUGAGGACCUAAUGUGCAUGCACAGCAAAGCCACACGCACAUUGAAAGAUUGAGUCAGUGCUUUCCUAUAGGGUCUCCUCGUCACAUGACAGAGAGGUAUGUGCAGCGGAAACACCUAUAGUGGCUGUCAGUGGUGUGUUUAACCCUGCAACGUUCUCUAAAACUGCAGUGGUUUACAUUGCAAGGUUAAGAGGACAGGGGCACUACACCCAGACCACUUCAUUGAGAUUAUUUAGGCACCCAGACCACUUAAGGGGUUCCUUUAAGUCCACCAUAGCUGAAUUUGAAGUUUUGCUUCCAGUCCCUCUAUGUUAGCCUUAAAUUUUAAAUCCACAUUAGUAAAUAACUAUACAUUUUUAUGUGAAUUGUGUGCACUGCCCAGUCUCAAACAAACAGUUACAGCUUUUCACACACCGAGUGAUGAAAGUUUUGAUGAAAUGGUUUAGAGACUAACAAAGUCAUGUGUUUAUUUCAAAUGAAAUCUCAUCUCAUUGACCUGGUUUAGUUAAAUUACUUGCUUUUGGCCCUUUGGAGUCCCGAUUGGAAAGCCUACAGUUUGUCUAUGAAUGGUUUAUACAAUGUCUAACUUUUAGGUCUUGUGAAAUGUAAUACUGCACAACUUGUGAUUUUAAACAAACGUAAAUACAAUAAUUUAAAAAAUAAAAUAUCUACAGUAAGGUGGUUAAAUAAAGCCUCCCCCUCCCCCAUAUUUUAGUAAUAAUUUGUUUUUCUUAUCAAUGAAAGCAAACCUGUUAUUGCAAAUAACCUGCCAUGUACUUUAACUCCUAUUGCUUAGGGUCUCCUUCAUCAAAAUAGGCAUUUCCAGUCUCUGGCACACCAGUUGGAGAUUUUUCAUUUUCCACAAAAAAUAAAUAAAAAAAUGUGUCCAAAAAAAAUUCAGAUUUUAAGGUUUUUGUGUUAGGUUAUUUCUGAAACGCACACAUAAUUUGCAGGUCUAAAUUGUACGUUUUAUUACAAUUACGAUAAAUAUAAUGGCUAAAAGUCAUCAUAUGCCAGGAACACAAUACAGGUUGGAGGCAAUUGCAUUUUGUCCUGGUAACUAGUCUAGCUUUAAAGGGUUCAUUGCUUUCUCCCAUAUCUAGGAUUGAGCCUUCUUUGUAGAGCAUCAUCAUCAUCAUCAGUUUGUCUAUUACUUUAUCAGGCAUGGAGGAACAGAGACAAUAAAACAAUGACUGGCAUGAAAUCCCAAGGAGCCCGUUUUUUCAUGGGUCAAUGGUAAAAAAUAUUAGUUAUACUGACUCAAGGGAAGUCACUUGUAAAGGAAAUGGGCCAGCAAACAUGAGGCUCCUUUGAAGAUAAAAUGCAGACUGCGUCAGCUGGGAAACAAUAGGUGGUGCAAGACGCGGCAGAGCUUUCUUCUGCCUGGUCUGGGGAAACUGGGCGAUGGGUAGAAAUUGUAGGAGAUACAAGGGGCGUCUUGCAGAGAGACAAAAAUACAAUGGCAGUGUUUUGCAAAUAACCAAUUUAUAAUUGUUUACCACAGUAUGUUUUGUAAAUGUGUUGUUGUGUCAUUUUAAUUACAGUCCAAUCUUGCUUUACAAAAGGAUGAAACAAAGGACCGGAUUAAGGGCUUUAGAAUAAACAUUGAAAUUACCUUGUUUUAGGAAAGAUGGCGAUCAAGAAUGUGCCACUGCACAAAAUAUGCUAAUCUAGAAAAAUAUGAAAAGUUCCAAGUCAGCAAAUUGUGUGCCUUGUUUUAUAGUUUACACAUCAAACCUCCAUGAGGCAUGAGUGGUAACUUAACUAGGGAUUGAUCAGCACACAUAAUUUGCAUUAGUAGCCUGAUUUUUUUUUUUGAAUAAUUAAAAAACAAAAUAAACUCAAUUUAACCCUAUAUUAAUGAUGGCAAUCCGUUGCCACUUCAGCUGUUGGUGACUCCAUGACAUAAUGUUCUGUCGACCUAAGCUUGCCAUGUGGUGUUUUGAGACACUUGUGGAUUCUGCAUUCUGUCAGGCAAGGUUAAAUGGAAUUCACAUGCUCCCAGUGUUAAAUCAGUUACGUAAUCACAGCUGGGAUCCCAAAAAAAUCUGAGUGAUGCGGGGGUGGGGUUGCAGCUCAUGGAGCAAUGGCUGCUCUGGCUAGACUACUUAGCUCGAAGAGAUGGGGAGCAGAGGGAGGUGGCUGCAUGCUGGGAACAUACGCUAUCAGAGGAACGUGACUCUGUCGAUGCCCACGUAGUAACUUGAGGUCUGAGGGAAUUACCCCCACUAGCCGCAUAUUGCACAAGAGUGGUUUCAAAGCCUUAAUUUCUGUGAAGUCUUCCUACUGUUGUUUGUACUUCUGUAUAAUCUUUGAAAACUCAAAGAUUUUAAAAAAUUAAAAUAAAAAAAUCAGAGUGCAUAAGUGCCCAAAAUAUGCAACCCUAUGCCAUCCUUUGAUUGGUUAUUAAUAAUAUAUGAUAUACCUAGUGAUAAUAUAUGUAUUCAUUAACUUGGUCAUAGCAUGUAACUUUUCCUUUUCCUUUUCCUUUUCUGUCUAGGAACCUAGUAGUAAGCGGGUCAAACCUCUGUCGAGAGUCACGUCACUUGCAAACCUCCUUCCGCCAGUAAGGGCGACGCCUCUAAAACGCUUCAGCCAAUCACUCCAAGUAAGUAAAAUUGCAAUGUGUCUUUAUUGUAGCAUGCACAUGCUUUCAAAUCAUAUACUUUGGAAAGGACAGAAAAAUUAUCUAGAAUACAUGUCUGUAAAUUUCCCUUUGUAAAUGGUCUUAUUAGCGCUAUAGAGAAAGGAUUUCAUGAUUUCUAAUCAUCGUUGACGACAAGAUGUCUUACUUUGAAUGAUUGUACAGCACUAUGGAAUUUGCUGGCGCUAUAGAAAUAAUAAUGAUGGUAUAAGUAAGCAAUAGUGGUUAUGGUGUCUAGGUUGUCCCAUAUAAUAAACUAUCUACUCGAAAGCUCAAGUGUCUGUGCAGCAACCUCAAUCUACUGACUAUAUUAUUUAUAUUAAUAUAAAUUUAUCAGUACCUGUUUAAUGUUUGGUUGUUAUCUGUCUUCAAAGGAUCACUAUAGUGUCAGGAAAACAAACUUGUUUUCCUGACACUAUAAUAACCCUUAGGGCUCCCCUCCCUUGGCGCUGAAGGGGUUAAAACAUAUAUACUUUAAUCCAGCGCCGGGCUCCCUCGGUGAUGGUGACCUCUCCUUCCCCUCCGAUGUCUGCUCCCGAGUGGAGUGAAAUGCACAUGCGCGGCCAGAUUUCUCAAUGCUUUCCUAUGGACGUUCUGCACGCUGAAUGUGAUUUUUCGCAUUCAGCGUCACAGAAGCGCCUCUAGCAGCUGUCAGGAAGACAGCCACUAGAGGCUGGAUUAACCCUGCAAUGUAAUAUGUUUACACCUGAAGGGUUAAAACCUUGGGGACCUGGCACCCAGACCACUUCAUUGAGCUGAAGUGGUCUGGUUGACUAUAGUGGUUCUUUAAUUAAAAAAAAUAAACAAACAAUGUUCAAUAAUAACUAUCAAGCAAUAGAGAUGUUCUCAGCUCUCCAAAACCCCCCACCCCAAAUAUAUGAUGGAAAGUUUGCGUGGGCAGAAAAUGAGAGUCCCUUCUAAAAGAAGCACAUCUGUCAUUAACAAAACUGUCAUAUUUUAGGCAUUUUUGUUCAUCAGAGUCUCUUAAAGAAUGAAUACUUUUACUAAAAGAAUAUUCUAUUUUCCUUGACAUGAAAAAAUAAGCAUUUCUAUAUGUAUAGUAUAUCUUUUAUUUAGCACAAUUUGAUGAUUAAAUGUCUGACUAACGCUGCUCCCUGUCUGAAUGAGAGGCCUUUGACAUGUGAUAUGCGUUACUGUAAAUUAAAAAGCUUAAGUCGCUUCAUAUGAAACAAGACCCAUACUAUACACAAUGAAAUAAUGUCUAGUUUGGGUCAUAGGUGGAAACUAAAAACUUUUCAACUGAUCUUGCUGUUAUUCGUUUUACUUUAAUGUUUGACAUAAGGCUUUUGCUUUGUGUUGGAAAAGAGCAACAAGAAAAACAGAAUAAAUAGAUUCUUGCCCCAGUGGUGAUGAUGUCGCUCUCAAACACAUAGUGGUGGUUUGUGUUCUUUAGUCUGCAAUGUACUCUCUGUGUCAGAGUUGGCAGGUCGAAAUUAAAAUCAGCAUUUACAGAGGGACAAAACCCCAGUGCGGCCACUGUCCAAUCUAGGCAGCCAUAUUUAGAAAGACAUUUACGCUGAAUAGCUCUCAACAUUCCCCGUCUGGCAGCCUUUUACCUUGCCAGCGACCAUUAAGGAACAAAAGUUUUAUCUUUUUAUACAAAUCGUCAGCUUUGCAGAGCUUGAUUGAGCAGGGUCCUCUUCAACCUAUUGUUCCUGUAAGUUUAUUUGUAAUUGUCCUAUUUAUAGUUAGAUCCCCCCUCUCAUAAUAUUGUAAAACGCUACGGAAUCUGUUGGCGCUAUAUAAAUGGCAAUAAUAAUAAUAAUAAUAAUAAUAGGUCAAGGGGAAGAACAAAUAAAUGAAAGACUUUAUAUGUUAGAGUAUCAUAGUAAGUUCUGUUUUGGCUAGUCUGGUCUCAAAGGAUCAUUAAGCAGCUGUUACUAUUGCUGUAUUAUAUCACUGUAUACACACGUGUGUGAGGCAGACUUCCUCAUCUCUUCUUCAUCUCAGAACGGUUUCCAGUUAAAAUCAUGACUGUAUGCUGCAGCCUUUUGGGAUCAACAGCAUAAAAAUAUGGAUUUGAAGGUUGAACAUGAUGAUUAAAUAAGUGUAUUCAGCCCCCAUGCCUGUCGGCCAAAUCCCAUCAUGCUCCUUAGAGUAUGGAGGUUUAUGCCAGCUUUAAAAUAGAUCAGACACAAAAUAUAAUCGAUCAUCAUUUUAAUUUUAGAGUUUGUGUACUGGAAAGAUUAUGAACACCAUGCAGCUCUUCUGUAUGUUCUCCGAGAUUAUAUAUGCAUACAUUUAUCGCUAUCCAUAUUUUUAGAUAUGUUGGAUAACAUAUCUAUCUAAAGCCUGUUGUUGGAUUGUUUUUUUUUCUUUUCGUGGGGAGGGGGGAUUAUGAUUCCACACCUACAAAAUACAGCUGCUAAUACUAACAUGCACGUAUUACAAUGCAUGAUUUCUGCUUUUGUUGCCCUAUGUGUUUAGAUGUGUUUUAGUAUUUUUCUCAGCACAGAAAUAUAUCCAGGUAUUAAAGACGAUAUAUCUGCCAGAAUUUAGUUUGUACUAUAGUCAUACUAGUUUUCAAUAUAUUAAUCUGCUUACCUGCUUUUAUUUUCCAUUUACAGCGCUCUAUCAGUUUCCGAAGUGAGAGUCGGCCAGAUUUGUUUACCCCACGACCGUGGUCAAGGAAUGCUCCCCCUGCAAUCACAAAACGAAGGGACAGCAAGCUAUGGAGUGAAACCUUUGAUGUUUGUGGCAAUCAAGUGCUCACUUCCAAGGAAAUCAAGCGCCAAGAGGUUGGUGUCUGUUUCUGUUAUAAAAAUUGUAUCCUCCUGUGUUUUGCUUUGUUUUAUUUUUUUCCAUUGACAAAGGUGUGUUAUUUAGAAAAUAAAGCGUCUGGUGCUAGCUUCCUGAAGUAAAAUUUGAAUGUAUUAGGCUUAAAGGAGUGUUAUUUUUUUGUAUUUUUAAAAGCAGUGAGAAAGAUCUCUCUCUUACUAUAUAUGAUUGGUGUAUUUUUUUUGUUUGUUUUUUUUCCCAAUGAAGUUACAUUGGCACUAGGUAAAUUUUGGGAUUUUUUUUUUUUUUUGCUCUCCCUGAGUUUAAAGGGUAAUGCAGACGUGGAUCCCUUGCUCACGGUGCCUAGAGGGUUAUUGGCUAUACCUCACUGAUGAGGCCUAACAAGGCCAAAACAAUUGUCUGUAGCUGCUGUAUCUCUUGUGCAGAGAGAGCCAGCCUGCAUUUCGGUUCUUGGCCACCCUCUUGGGUGGGAUUAGUCUAAUAUGCAAAUUGCCUGGUUCUCUUUGUAAUAGCUCGAGAUGAGCUAAAACUAGCUCGAGAUCUGAGUGGGGACCCACCGAAUGGCAGGCUAUUUGAGCUGUUGUCUACACUCCAUAUUCUCUUGCACUCUUUUUUUUUUUAUCUACCCUGCCUGCUGUAUACUUUCUUAUUUUUAAAUCUUUAUUCAUUUUAAGAAUAAAACAGACAUAACAUAUUCAACAAAUAGAUAUGUUAUAAAUUAGUUCAGCAUGUACAAAACCGUAAACAAACAAUGCACAAAAAUAACUAAAUUAAAUAAAAAGGCAGGUCCACUAAAGAAUAUAAUAUUUUUUAUACUUGUUUUGUACUCCUUCUGUUGUAUGAACAAAGUCAUUUUCAUUUUGAGGAUAGUUGAUAAGCAGGAUUGAUAAGUAUUAAUUUAUAUACGUAUCACUUUCGGUAUUCACAGGGCAUUGAUCCUGUCCUUUGCAUCAUCAAUGUCAUUAAAACAUGUCUAGGGGUGCCUUGCUUGACCUCCAUCUCUGGCUAUGCCAGUUAAGUGCAUGUAUUUCUGUUUUGAGUCAUGUUUAUAUUUUUUGCGUGUAUUUAAUUGCAGGCUAUUUUUGAACUAUCACAAGGUGAAGAAGACCUAAUUGAAGACUUGAAGUUGGCAAAAAAGGUAAAACUAUCACAUUAUUAAUAGCCAUCUGCUUUAUAUCCGCUCAUACUCCUGCUUCAAAAUAAGAGAAACAUAACAUGCAUGCUGCUAAACUUACUAUUUUUAAUCAUGCGCAGAAUACAUGUAGUUUACACUGGAACGAUGAGCUGGUUUGUGACAUAUUUACGGUACACUGUAGGCACUAUAUUUUCUUCAUCUCAUUGAAGUAGUUAUAGGGUCUGUAGUCCUCUGGCACUGUCCUUCCAUUCAACUUUAAACCAGCAGCCCAUCACCUUUAUGCUGCUUGGGCUAUUAGCUGCGAUGGGCAGUUGUGAUUGGCUGAGAAAGUAGGCUGACAACUUUCAGGCUAUCACAGAGCGCAUUGCUAGUUUGAAUUAGUACGACUAGAAGGAAGUGUAUAAUCUCUUGUCUGACUCAUAUCUUCAGUAGAGGCCAGGUACCGCUAUCUAGUGUUCCAUUGAAUGGAGGAACGGCACCAGAGAAUUCCAGGCACUACAAACAAUUCAAUGAGAUAAAUGCCUACAGUGUCCCUUUAAUCAUUUAUUAAGAAAUCAACUAAAUUGUAUUGCUACUCCUGUCAUAGGAACAGAUUAUGGACCACAGACAGACAGACCUAUUCUGGCUGGACAAGAGACACACUCUAAUGUUGAGAAGCAGCCAAUGUCCUCUUAAACCCUGUAACUGCAUCUUUGCAAACAGUUGUUCAUUUAUAAUCUAUGCCACCUCAAAAACAAGCCCCAGUCUUGUGACAGGUUAAUAAAUGAAUGGCUGUAUAUUGUCUGGCUGCAAAUGAGUUGAGAAAUCUCCAAGGUUGCAAUUUUCAAGCUACAAAAUUACAUAUCUUAUUGUACAUCUUGCAGGCAGCCAGUUAGCCAAGUAAAGCAAAGCCAUGCUGUUUAGUUAGGACUAGUUUAUUUAAAUUAAUGUGUUGUGUUUUGUUUGUUUUUAGGCAUAUCAUGACCCAAUGCUGAAACUCUCAAUAAUGACAGAGCAAGAAUUAAAUCAAAUAUUCGGAACUUUGGAUUCACUAAUACCUCUACACGAAGGUACAAUAUUCACCCAAAGACACUUUUCCAUUUAUUUUCAUUUCAGGUAUUUAAAAGUAAAAGUAGUUUUGUUGUAAUAAACAUUUUUUUCUAUCUCUUAUUGCUUGCAGAUCUCCUCCGACGGCUCCGGGAAGUCAGAAAAGCAGAUGGUUCGACAGAGCAUGUUGGACACAUUUUAGUAGGCUGGGUAAGAAAAUAAUUUGUAUACUGACUUUUCUUGCAUUUUAACAAUGUUAGAAUGCACAAACCUUAAAACUGAUCGUAUUUCCUUGUACAUGAUCUCUGUUACUAAAAUUGAGUGUUUCCAACUCCACUGUUGUAGUGUCUUAGUAACAACUUAUAAAGGUAACCUUUUUUUAUAAAUCCGUUUUCUGAUUUAGAGUUUAUCAUUGCGUGUAAUACCAAUACCUUAUGCUGAAUCUAGACCCAUAGAAUGCAAGAAAGUGAGUUAAUUGCAUACAUACUGCAAUUCACUUCAUACAGUGAGUACAUACACCAGACUGCAGCUGUUGGUCUUUCAGUACAUAUAUGUAUCACUUUAUAUUUAUCGGGCUAUACUAGUCGUGCCCAAAAGGUAGAUCCCCAGAUGUUUUAAGACUACAGCUUCCAUGAUGCUUUGCCAUUCUAAAGUCAUGUAAAGCAUCAUGGGAGUUGUAGCUCUACAACAUCUGGGGCUCUACCUUUUGGGCACCCUCGGGCUAUACAGAUCCUAAAGGCUACCACUAAUAAGAGCAAAUAUCAAGCUACAGACGCAAGUCUAUUCUAAUUGCCUGCAAAUGCAUACGGUACUCUGUAGGUGAGCGACAAAAAACUAAGUGCAUACAUCAACCUGCAGCUUGAGAACUCUGCAGACGCUCCGUACUAACAAGUACAUAUUUCCGAUUACAGUAAUUGAUAAGCCAAUUAUAGGUUAUGAUUCUUGAUAGUUGGUGUGCCAUAGAUUUCAUUUUUUUUUAACUUGCAUAAUUCAGUUAAAAUAAGAAAAAGGCAUAUCUGUGUUUGAAGAAUGCAAUGUGUUUGUCUUAUACUGAAGACAUUUAUAUAAUAGUGGCCUAGAAGGAUAUUGUACACAUUCUAAGCAAUUAAAGUAAAUGUUUUUCACAUUACAUGGCUUAUGGAACAUUUCAGUUGAAGGUAAAUCUGUGGACGUCACACACUUCACUAAUGUGCGGUUCUUAUCAAACAAUAUGUACAGUACAUAUGUUCCUGCAAUCUGACAGAUCAAUGCAUUUGAUAUUGCAUAUGCUGCAUUUUUGUUCUCUGUGAUACGGGGACAUAAUAUUACUGUUGCAAUCUGUACUUCCUGUUAUCAGUAUUUAAGCUAAUGCACGGAUUGAAAGUUUAGGGAUUUGUGAAUGUCUUUUAUAUUAUAUAUGUUACCAUUCAAUAAGUGACCAUUAGGCUUUCAUUAUCUAAACUAAAUAGGUUAUUCUGCAGCAGGAGGAGACGUACAACUCUUUUUAACCAUGUAGUCAUGCAUGCCAUAUGUACUUGUAUCUUUUUGAGACACAUGUGCUGUAAUAAUCUGCAAACAUUAUCAUGGGCCACUAGCUAUUUGUAGCAAAUGCCAGCAUUUGAUAGAACCUUGUAAUAAAAGCAUAAAACAGAUUUACAGUAAAACAAAAAGUAGCACAGUAAACAACUAACCAAUGCUUAGAUAAUGUAAUUAUCGAAUAACUGAAACUUCCUUAUUCACAUUAUCAGUCUAGCAGUAUAUUUUAGUUGACUAUACAUUUACUAUGUCUUGUGCUGAGAAGAUAUUUCCCACCAUGCGCCUGACUCCCACUUCUUGACAGGGCUGCUCAUUUUCUGUGUGUCAGAAGCAUGUUUUACAAACGGUGCAGGGAACAGAAGAGGGGUUUAAAUGAAUGCCCAAUGCCGCCUUUUCCUUUUCUGUAUCCCUGGUGUUUGACAUAUAAGACAAAAAUCUCAAAAAUUUAAUUUGCAGAAAUAAAAAAAUAAAAAUGAAUGCCCGCUGCGUUUCACAGUCGGAGGCAGCAAGUUAAAAUCUCUCAUUAAAAAUAUCUUAAGUACAGCAAAAUUACACAGGGCCUUUUUUUUUUUUUUGAUCCAUUGACCAGCCAUGACUUAUUGUUCCUGCACAGAUGCUGAAAUACGACUCUUUGAUUAAACACAAGGGCAGGAUCUCAGCAGUCAGUAGCCUCAGGCAUGUCAUUUUAGGGAGGAAUGCCAAUAAUUAUUUGUACAUAUGAGUUGUAAUAAAUUACAAUGUACAGUAGGCAAGGAAUUAUUGCAUUUCUCCUCCCAGCUUUAUGUGUCAGUAGAGGUCAAUCAUUAUGCUACUAAAGCUGUGAAACAAGAAGUAAGAGAUUCUGGUUUUAGCAGCUUGGGAUUUCCACAAUACUUGGUCAGUCCUUUUGUUCUUUUAUAACGAGUACAAGCAAUUUACAGAACUUUAUUCCAGGAAGUCUUAAAUAUUCAUUCCUUAAAGCUGGUUUAAUCAGCAUGUCAAUGGCAGGUGCAGUUAGGAAUUUUAUCAGUAAUCUUGCUUUAGAAUACCUUCACAGGAAAUGAGAAUUUCUUAAGAGAAUUUGUGAGAUAGAAUUUAUCAGUCAGAGUGGCCAGACAUAUGUUGACAAAUACUUUUUAACUGUAAAUCGAAAUAAAUGGGUAGGAAUAUAUUUCUGUUGACAAAUAUUUUAACUGAUCACAUGAUUUAAAGGGACACUAUAAUGACCAACGCAACUUUAGCUUAAUGAAGUGGUUUUAGUGUAUAGAUCAUGUCCCUGCAGUCUUAAUGCUCAAUUAUUUGCCGUUUAGGUGUUGAAUUGCUUUGUUUAUAAAGCCUUAGCCUCACCUCUCUGUAUGUGACUUACACAGCCUUCCUAAACAUUUAAUGUAAAGAGUCAUCUAAUGAUUACACUCUCUUAAAGGAUCACUAUAGGGUCAGGAACACAAACAUAUAUUCAUAUAGUGAAAACCCACCAUAUAUAGGUGGCUUGCCCCCUCUUAGCCCCCUCCUAAUGGUUUAAAACUCAUCUUAUUUUUAGCUCUCCACAGGUCUGCCGGCCCCGCCCCCUUGGUGACCAUCAAAAUUGCUGAUUUUUAACCAAUCCAAUGCUUUCCCAUGGAAAAUAAAAUUGGCAAGGGGGCGGGUCAAACGCCGUUUUGGGCAAUCAGCACCUCCUUAUAGAGAUGCAUUGAAUCAAUGCAUCUCUAUGAGGAAAAUUCAGCGUCUCCAUGCAGAGCGUGGGGACGCUGAACGGCAGGGCUGCUUACCAGGAAGCCCCUCCAGUGGCCAUCUGAGGAGUGGCCACUUGGAGGUGUCCCUAGGGGCAAUGUAAACACAGAUCGUUCUCUGAAAAGGCAGUGUUUACAUGAAAAUGCCUGACGGGAGCUAUUAUACUCACAAGAACAACUACAUUAAGCUGUAGUUGUUCUGGUGACUAUAGUGUCCCUUUAAGUUCUAAAAAUUCCGUUUAAUUUAGAACUUAUCUUCUGCAUGGUUAAUAGCCUUGUAAACUCUGCAGGAGCCUCCUGUGUGAUUAAAGCUAAAUUUACAGAGCAGGAGAUAACAUUUUUUAAUGCAAGAUACGCAGGGACGUAUUAGCCGCGAGGCAAACAAGGCAUUUGCCUUGGGCGGCAUUUUUCAGGGGGCGGGCGGCUGGCGAGGGAGCACUUCCUCUGAGCUGUCUGCUCAGCUCCCUCGCGCGCCGCCCGCAGAGUGAGGCUGGGAGCCGGAAUAUGACGUCAUCUUCUGGCUCCCAGCCUCACUCUGCGGCGUGCGAGGGAGCUGAGCAGACAGCUCAGAGGAAGUGCUCCCUCGCCAGCCGCCCGCACAGCAGCCACUGGACCACCAGGGAGAAAGAGGAACCACCCCCCCCAGCACUCCCAAAGGUAAGGAGGCUGGGGGGGGGUUAAAUUAAAAAAAAAAAGUGAAUGAGAGUGAUUGUGUUUGUGUCUGAUUGUGUUUGUGUCUGACUGUGUGUGUGUGUGUAUGUUUGUGUCUGACUGUGUGUUUGUGUGUGUAUUUAGAAGGUGGGGCGGGGGGGAAGGGUUGGGUGGGGGUGGCGCGCCUGAGUUUUGUCCUGACUAGGGCAGCACAAAACCAGGAUACACCACUGAAGAUAUAUCUGAUUGAAAAUGGAAAAAAAUAAAUUUCAGGAAGACUGUGGGAAUCACAGCAAGGGAAGGUGUGGCUAGGGCUGCAUCAACAGAAACAGGUGAAAAAGGUGAUUUAACUCCUAAAUGGCAGUGAAACUUCAGAGACAUUAUCUAUACACUCACACUGCUUCAUCAACAAGUUGUUUUGAUGACUAUAGUGUCCCUUUAAGAUAUAAUUUGGAGCUGGAACAUGGUCUAAGAAGAGUUACUUAGCUUGAAGCAGUUCAGAUUUUUACUUUGGACCUGUUUGGUCAAAGUGCUUUUUUAUUAUGAAAGGCUGUGAAGUUUAGUAUCAUGCACUCACCCAGACAGAUAACCCGGGGUUCAAACAAACAACCCAACAUAGUGAAGUUUAAAUAAAUCUUGUCCAGCUCAUUCAUGUUGUAGAAUUUUUCAUAUACUGCUAUAUUCUGCAUGAUUUACAGUUUAAUAAAUACAUCUCCUGACGUUUAGUUUAAAAGGUGGAAUUAAAUGCAAAAUAUGUUAUGCAGCAAAAACUUCCAUUACACGAUGUCAGGCUGCAAUAGUAUGCAGGUGACGAGAUUAAUUGAGAUUCAUAUAAUUCAAUUAUUUCUUUGAAGUUGUUGUGAUCUAGAGUAAUUAGCAUCAAUGUGACUCACUUUUUGGUGCCCGUCUUUGCAAACCCUUCUGCACCUUCUAAACACCAGCUAAAGACACAUUUAGCGUAAGAUGAGAUUAGCACAAAGCAUGAAUGCGGGCAGAGCCGUGUGUCGAGUUAUUUUAACUCAUUUGUUAGAACUCAAUAGACUGUCAGUCUGGCUUUGUACAACUCUCUUAGUGGAUGGGAGUUGUAAAAGCCCUCUUUGAUUUAGUCUUUGUGACAUUGUGUUUACAGUCUGCCACUGAUGAAACAUGUCAGAGAACAUUAUCACUUGGUUUGAAGGAAGAUAAAGGGGUCUGUAAUAACUAGAAGCCUAACCCUUUGACUAUUUUCUGCAAGAACGUUUCUUUCAUCUUCCUGACCCUCAUCACAUUUAAAAGGGUUUAUUGAAGUUUAUAAAUUAGACAUAACAUUCCUUUAUUGGCAGAAUGAGGACUAUUGCAUUGUAGGUUAACUUGAAAUUUACCUACAUAUAAUUACAAUUCUGCUAGCAAUAAUUGGCUAUUAAUGUCAAAGCACAUUGUUUACACUAAGUAGAUACUGUGGACAAGUGAACCCAAAGAUAUAUUGUUUAAGUCUGCAUUAAGUAUCCACUAUGUAAAUAAAUAUUUAUAAGAUAUUUUGCUUUCAGGAGUAUAGGAGUCUAUGUGCAAAAACACUAACAUUUCAAUUGGGAUGUAGGAAAACUACCUACUGGAAUUUAUAAAUCACGUGUAAUAGUAUUAUCGAAUGUACAAAAGGCUCAGUGGCUCUAAAUCAGGAUGUCUGGACAGGUGCAUGUUGGGAAAUAGAUUGCACACAAGAGGCAGACAUGUAGAUAGAAUGGUGUUAAAAGUAUCUUGAAUAACUUAAUUGUUUCUGAUAACCCAACAUGUAGACUGUUCUCUCUGCUCUGAUAACUUUGUUUCGGUCUUGUAUUGACUUAUGACGUUAUAUAUUUGUCGUACUUUUCCCUGCAGUUACCCUGUUUAAACUCCUAUGACAGCUACUGCAGCAAUCAGGUGGCAGCCAAGGCCCUGCUAGAUCACAAAAAGCAGGAUCACCGUGUACAUGACUUUCUACAGCGCUGCUUAGAAUCACCAUUUAGCCGUAAACUAGACUUAUGGAAUUUCUUAGACAUCCCAAGAAGUCGACUUGUGAAGUAUCACUUGCUACUGAAAGAAAUAUUGCGGCACACUCCAAAUGACCACCCUGACCAGCAGCAUCUGGAGGAGGCAGUAAGUAAAAAAAAAAAAGUAGUUUGUUUUUCAUACAUCUCGCUAGAGUACCUGUUCUCUCCGUCCUUCCUAUAUUCUAGGCACCUCUUAACAUCUAUUUUCUGAGCAAGUCAGAGUUUUUUUCUGAUGUUUGCAUGUGGGUAAGUUUCUUCUUUUUGGAAGCCACGCAUCUAAACCUACAGCGGGACAGUUAGAUUAAUGAAAACAGAAAACACAUCUCCUUCCAGCAACUAGAGAAACUAUUUUAGGGGCUUGUAAUUGCCACAUGGACUAAUUGUGUCCAGUGAGGAAUUGUUGGCAAUUAGUGGUUCAAUAAUUUGGUCUAUUGGUGAUCGGCAGGGAACAAGGGGG